AUGGAGCUAAACGAUACCGACUCGGAUGCCUCGAGCAACGUUGGAAAAGUCAGAAUUAAGGACUUUGCGAGAAUUUCACAAUCGAACACUCCGGGUACGAGUAAGAAACGCACAAAUCCUGCCAAAAAAGAGACCCCAAAUGACGACGGAAGUCAAGCGACGCCGGCAAAACGAGGCAAAAACACAAACACAGCAAUAACAACUCCGUCAACAGUCGCUUCAAAGAGGUCUACGGUGAAAAAAUCGACCAAAGUGAAGGAUUUGAAGGAAGCUCCGCCUAAUAUUAAGUUGAUUUCGCAGUUUUUCAAGCCAAUUCAAACUCCGAACACUGAAGAGAAGUCGAUUUCGUUCAAAAAGGAAGCUGUGGAUGAGAAAGGCAAUAAAAGUCAAGGGAAGAAGUUGGAAACGGCAUCAACAUCUUCCAUGAGCGAAAAAGAGAACAAAACUCACCAAAAACCAUCACAAUCUGCCGAAAAAUCCAUUCCAAUGGUCACCAUUCCAAAAGCUCGUCGUCGCUUACUACCCGGAACAGAUCUCAAACGUCUCGUCUCUAGUCGCUAUCACGACGAAAAUCAAACCCGAAUGUCGGAAUUUUUCGACAAAACCAAAGCUCUCGAGUUCAACUACUUCAACACUUCUGAAAAAUCCAAACAAUCGAUCGCAUCCAAAAUCCCAUCAGAUAUGCAGAAGAUGACGAACGCGAGGCAUGAAACAUGGAAAUCAAGUCGAAGCUUUGCAAGAUAUCGACACAACUCCACGUCAAACCCAAAAAAACCGAAAAUUCGUUGGACUGUCAAAUAUAAAAUCAUCGCGGGAACAACUUUUGCUGUCGAUGCUUUUCGUUUCGGGUACAUUGAAGGCAUUUCUCACUAUUUUUUGACACAUUUCCAUUCGGAUCAUUACAUCGGACUGAAGAAAAACUUCAAUAAACCUCUCGUAAUGUCACGAAUUACCGCCGCUUGUGUCACAAAAUUCGUCGGAGUUGAUCCCAAAAACUUUAUUUUGCUCGAUCCGAACAAAGAAACGUGGAUUAACGGCAUCAAAAUCACUGCACUUGACGCGAAUCACUGUCCGGGAGCUCUGAUGUUCGCUUUUUUGUUCCCCGAAGACGACGAAAUUACUUUUCAUGUCGGCGAUUUUCGAGCCACGCCCGAAAUGGAAAGUUUGCCGAUCUUUUGGAAUCAUCCCGUGAAGGAACUUUAUCUCGACACGACUUAUUUGACGUCAAAAUAUUCGCUUUGCACGCAAGAAGACUGCAUAAAACUCGCAAUUGAGGAAACGGAAGCUUAUUUCAAGAAAAAUAUCUUCGAAAAAGUCCUCGUAAUUGUCGGCGCGUAUGUCGUUGGCAAGGAAAAAGUUUGGACUGCACUCGCGGAACGCUUCAAUUUGCGAGUUUGGGCAGACAAAAAUCGUCGAGAUGCCUUGGAAGCGAUAAAUAAUCCGCAGAUGAUGAAAUUUUUGGUGCCAAAUCCGAAAGAUGCGCAAUUGCACGUGAUAAAUAUGGAUCUCAAAAGUUAUUUGGAGCAGUUUGAGAAUACUUUUACGCAUAUUUUGGCUUUUCGCCCGAGCGGUUGGGAGAAAAAAAGAACGAGGCAUCAAGGGAAGAUAUCAAUUGUGGGUUUGGAGUACAGUAAACAUUCGUCAUAUGAUGAGUUAUGAAGAUUUGUGCGGUUUUUGAGACCGAAGACGAUAAUUAGUACAGUUUCGACGGGAAGAGAUCCGAAUAAGACUCCAACGAUACCGGAAGAUUGGUACCAAGGUGACUUAAAACCCCAUCGAGUCGAGUUACAACCAAAAAUCUACGACAUCAUUGCCAAAGACUCUUCCAGUAGUCGUUCAAGCACGCCUUCCUUGCCAACUAAAUCUUCACAACUCAAUCCAAGUGCCAUCAAACGCCGCCAAGAGACGAACAAAAAAACUUCCGCCUUAAAAAUCACUGAAAUGAUCGAAUUGACUGAGCAUUUCUUACUUUCGUACAAAAAUAAAAGUCGAUUUCUCAUUUUUUUAUUGUUGCAAUAACCUUAUUUCGGUUAAAAAUUGAA